GUCAAUAGCCGACAACGAUCGUGGAAGAGAAAAGAUAUUACACAAUUCCAAAUUUUCCGAAAAUGGAUGAGUCGCUCGACGAUUACAUUUCUAAGUCAAAUUUCAAAAUAAAGAUUGGGAACACAAAACCCAAAGGGAAUAUAAUAAACAAGCCAAAUACUGGUGGGUUCCAGGGAAAGAAGAGGUUCACAGCGGGAUUUCAGGGGAACAAGGUAACCGAUGUCUCGAUCACGAUACCAGCGGUGCGUAAAACUGGCCCGAAUAACAGCAAAACAAAUCAAAUGAGAGAUGCUCGUGAAAGACUUGUUUCCAAAAAUAAACCAGUGGAUGCACGAGAAAAGCUGAAUCAGAAAGCACAGAAUACAGAUGCAAGACAGAAAUUGUUGACAAUUAGGUCUCAGAAGGAACCUCAAGAUGCACGUGCAAAGAUACAAGCCAAGAAACAACAACAACAACAAGUCAAUCAAUCACAGACACAGGGUGGAGCCUUCACUCUUACAAGAACAGUUUCCAACAAUAACAACAACAACAUUCAGCUGACACCAGGUCCAAAGGGUAACAUCAACAUAACAAAAACAUUGACUAAGGUCAUGCCACCUGGUUAUGAGCAUAUUGUUGGACCCCCGACAAACGCUGCACCCCAGCUUACCACUGUGAUGGGACCAUCUGGUGUGAAAAACAGACUGGGUCCUCCAGCUGACACAACUAUAAGAUUUGGACCCACAACUGGUUCAACAGUGAAACUUGGCCAUUCAGCUGGGCAAGAUACAACUGUCAGAUUGGGUCCCCCGUUAGGGUCCAAUACAAACAUACCUUCUAUAACAAGGACCAUCUCUAACCCCCAUACUAUAGAGCAUGCUAAGCCCCAUCCAAUGAUUUCUCCCCCAUGUGACCCUGUACCCACACCUUAUGAAAUCCAGUCUGUUACAAGGCAGCAAGCAACCACACCUAAUGUACUUCCUACCCAACUUAUUUAUCAUGGUGGUCCACCCCAGCAGCUGCCAGCACCCUCCCAGACAACCCCAUACCUUUAUCCCCCUCAGCAAGUGCAGUCGACAUAUCCCCAGCCUCCCCAGCCAAGUCGUGUACUAGCUGAACAGCAAGGUCCACCAUACCCAGUCAAUGAUCCUCUAGCAUCCAGUCAGCAGUAUCAGAUGGGCCAUCAUACACCUGUGAUGCCAAAGAUUCAAGUGCAGAAUGACCAAUACCGACCCCCAGAACCGCAGUAUCCGUCAUAUGUGGCUCCACCCCAACAGCAAUAUGCUCUGCCUCCACAGCAGUAUGCUCCACCUACACAGCAGUAUGCCCCACCACAGCCACAGUAUGUGUAUGCUUCAUCACAGCCGCCUGUGCAGUAUGAACCACAGGAAACAUACCCACCUCCACAGUCCAGGUUGUCUAGUGAGACAAACACUCCAGCAUUUAAAAGAACAAUCGUAAAUGAUGCUCAGCCACAGUAUCAAAAUGUACCACAAACAUUACCUGUUAAAAGGAGGUCAACAGGAGAGCCUGUUGGGCAGCCCACAUCUGUUGGUCCCUUGAGGUCUUCAAGCGCAAACUAUGUGCCUAUUAUUAAUACAGCUGGGAGCACGGAACCAGCAAGGGGACAAAAACCAAAAUUUUCUAAAAUAAUUGCACCUGGGGAACCAGCAACAAAGAGAUUAAAGGAAGAGGAAGAUGAAAAUGUGAUCAGUCCACUGCAAGGCUUCAAGAUUGCCAUCACAAAUCUGGCCCACUCUGUCACACAGGAUGAUAUCAUUGAGUUGUUUGGAGCAAUAGGAGCUGUUAAGAGUGUAAAGAUGCCGAAACCUGGUACAGCAGAAGUUGUAUAUGUGAAAAAAGAGGAUGCUUUGCAGGCAGCUAAAACAUACCAUGACAGGGAACUUGAUGGUCUGCCAAUGGUAGUGAAGUUGAUGACACCAGUAUCAGCCAGGGUAAAGGAAGCUCCGGAGAAACUCCCCCCAUCUGUGAAACCUGUGGCUUCAGCCCCUCUCAAGUUGAGUAAAGUGCCUGCAGGGAAAGCUAAAGCACCUGAUAAAGAAGAAGUGGAUGUUGUCACUUUACAUAAAGCAUUGUUUAAAACAGGAUCUUCAGGAUCAUCUAAACCUGUAACAUUUACUGUCAACAUUUAAACACACAACAUUAUCAGAUAGCAAUAACUAAACAAUCAGCUGAAGAUAUUUGAUAUGAAAAGAAAUGCAAAGAUUACAAUGUUAAGAAAUUGAAUAGUAUACAACUUGUGGUUGAACUGUUUCAAGUAAUUGAUAAUCCAUGCUAGCACUCAGCAUUGAUAAUGAGUUUUUAUAUAGAAAGCACGUCUCAUAUAGCAAUGUAAUACAUGUGGGGGAAUGAUAAGUCCUCUCAGUUUUGUUUAUUUGGAAAAAAAUCUUAAUUGGAAAGAUGUUUGUAAUAAAGACAUGUUUUGAGGGGGCAAUGAAAACUGGUUUGCAGCUUGGUGACUACCUAGAACAUGUCGUGAAGACCUGAUACCUAUAUUAGGAUCAGAUGUGGCAACAGUUUUUAUCUCGCUUAGCACUGGGUUGUGAGGCAAACUUUCUGAGUUGUUUUUGUUUCUUUUGGCAUAAUUUUGAGUCUCAUGUUGUAACAUUGUAAUACAGUUUUGAUUUCUCUUGUUUUGCUUUAUGCUUCAUAUAUGAAUUUUAAGAAAAAAAUCUACAUUUGAGCCGCGCCAUGAGAAAACCAACAUAGUGGCUUUUCGACCAGCAUGGAUCCAGACCAGCUGCGCAUCUGCGCAGUCUGGUCAGGAUCCAUGCUGUUUGCUAACAGUUUCUCUAAUUGCAAUAGACUUUGAAAGCAAGCAGCAUGGAUCCUGACCAGACUGCGCGGAUGCGCAGGCUGGUCUGGAUCCAUGCUGGUCGCAAAGCCAUUAUGUUGGUUUUCCGAUGGCACGGCUCAUUUUAUUCUGUAAGUGAUACAUAUAUAAUAUAUUUUUGUAAAUAUGUAUAUAUAAUUUUUUCAUUUAUGUUGAAGUGCUUAAGAAUAUACUUCAUUUUGUUUGAAAAGAUGUUUCAAACAAUACAUUUUCUGCUUUCUUUUUAAAAUGCUUUUCUUCUGGUGAUAAUGGUUCAGUAGGUAUACAUUUUGAGUAUAGAAUUUCAUUUCUUGGAGGUCAUGGUGUUACGCAAUGCUUGAUAAAACUUAAAAUUUGAUUUGAACACAACAUAGACUAGCAUGUAUUUUGCUUCAGAAGUAACAGUAUUGUGCUACGUUCUUAAAGAACACAUUAACAUAAACUUGAUCUAGUCAUGCAAUCACUGCAUCAGUUCUUUUGUAAGAAAUCAUGUUUUCAGUAUUCAUAUUCAUUAAGUUGUUCAACCUGUCAGAAUUUAUGUGAAGAAGUCAUCCAGCUGGCUUAUAGAAGGUUGGUUGUUCUACAUUGCUUCCAGCUCUUGCCUGAAAUAAUUCUUGGGAGGGGCACCCAGGGUUUUCCUCCAUAUAAAGCUAAAGCUGUGAUAUGACUUACAAUUAUGUAUAUUAAACCAAAUAAAAUCAACCCAACAGGCCAGUGGUGGUGAUAGGGAUUAAUAUUUGAAUCACUUCAAAUUACUUUCUUAUACUUGCUGUUAUUGUUUCAAAGUAGUUAUACUUUGCAAAAAUUGUUACCUUUAAGAUAUUUUGGUGUGGUCCUAAAUAGCGUCUGUACAGUCAGUAAUAUCUAUGUCGAUACAUAAAUUAUUUUAGAAAUAGAGUCAAUUUUCAACUUCACCUUUAUUAAUAAAGCACUAAGUUACUCAUAUCUAUGUAAUACCUACUUGCCAGUACUGGUUUAAUGUUGAAUACAAAAUUACUUAGACUGCUCGCUUAGCUCAGUAGGGAGAGUGCAGAUCUACAGAUCACGGGGUUGUGAGUUAGCGUCCUGGGCGAGGUGUAUUUUCCCCGUGACAACUUGAUAAAAGACAUUGUGUCUGGAAUCAUUUGUCCUCCACCUCUGAUUCAUGUGGGGAAGUUGGCAGUUACUUGCGGAGAACAGGUUUGUACUGGUACAGAAUUUAGGAACACUGAUUAGUUUAACUACCUGCCGUUACAUAACUGAAAUACUUUUGGAAAACGGUGUUAAACCCAAAACAAACAAAAUUACUUGCAUUUGAUUUGUUGAAAGAUUUUAGAAUAUAGUUAGAACGUUUUUGUAAUUUUUAUACAUGUAGAUAUGAAGUAGUAUAUUCUUUAACAGUGUAGAGACAUCAUUUGAGCCACGCCAUGAGAAAACCAACAUAGUGUGUUUGCGACCAGCAUGGAUCCAGACCAGCCUGCGCAUCCGCGCAGUCUGGUCAGGAUCCAUGCUGUUCGCUAUCAAAGCCUAUUGCAGUUAGAGAAACCAUUAGCUAACAGCAUGGAUCCUGACCACUAUGCUGGUUUUCUCAUGGUGCAGCUCAUGAUCAUUCAGUUUGUUGAAGUUUUCAAUUUGAAGUUAAAUAAGUAGUAGUUAAUACAUAUUUCUGUUGAUAAUACAUAUAUCCUGGAAUGGUUAAACAGUUUUUGGUCAGAUAAUAGUAAACUGAGAAUACAGAAUAAGAGCUUGGUUCUCUGAUCAUGAAAUAAGAUUUAUUGCAGUUGUCAAUAAACAGUUGUAGGUGAACAAAGACAGGUGUAUUGAAUCAUGUUCAUUAUAAGUGAUGGGUCCACUGUUUAUUGUCAUUUUCUUGUUCAGUAUCAUUUUCUUUGUAAGUUUCAACAUCAGAUAAUAAACUUCAUGUAAGUU